GCGGCGGGAAGGGAGGCGGCGAGCGGGAGGGGGAGCGGCCGCGAGCCCAAUCGCUCGGCUCCCCCGCCCGGCCCCGCGCGGCGCCGCCUCCGCCAUUGCUGCGCGCGGGAGCGGCCGACGCGGAGGCUCGCGGCGCGCUCGGAGCCAGACCUGCGAGCCGGCGUGGGCGCUAGCCUCGGGUCUCCCGGCACGAUGGUGAAGUUGGGGAACAAUUUCGCGGAGAAGGGCACCAAGCAGCCGCUGCUGGAGGAUGGCUUCGACACCAUCCCCCUGAUGACGCCCCUCGAUGUCAAUCAGCUGCAGUUCCCGCCCCCGGACAAGGUCGUGGUGAAAACUAAGACCCAGUAUGAGCCUGAUCGCAAGAAAAGCAAAGCUCGCUCUCCCAAGAUAGCCGAGUUCACUGUCAGCAUCACCGAGGGCGUCACCGAGAGGUUUAAGGUCUCCGUGCUGGUCCUCUUCGCCCUGGCCUUCCUCACCUGCGUCGUCUUCCUGGUCGUCUACAAGGUGUACAAAUAUGACCGUGCCUGCCCCGACGGCUUCGUCCUCAAGAGCACCCAGUGCAUUCCAGAAGGCUUGGAGAGCUACUAUGCCGAGCAAGACUCCAGUGCCCGGGAGAAGUUCUACACCGUCAUCAACCACUACAACUUGGCCAAGCAGAGCAUCACGCGCUCCGUCUCGCCCUGGAUGUCCGUUCUGUCGGAAGAGAAGCUGUCCGAGCAGGAGACGGAAGCCGCCGACAAGUCAGCCCAGUGAGAUGGGCAGCUUCCUCACAAUGUGUCAUUCGAAGGUAACAAAGGGACUUGGAGGGACGUUUCGUCAAAUAUAAUUACCGAUAAUUUAGAGGUUACUCAUUUAUGGUGCAACUGCUUCUGUUUGCUAAUGCUGCUUUGCCAAUAAAACUUGCUGCCGACCGCUCAUGGGCAUAAGAUCAAGUGCAUAUCAGCAUUGCUUAAAGAGCUCUGACACCACUUUUCAUGUUAAGGAAUCUUAAUUUAGCUACUUUACUGAGAUUUAUUGGAUGCCAUCAAAAAGUAAAUUUACACUGGAUAUGCAAGGGGUCUGGAUUCAGAUGAAUAAUGCAUUUUGUGGAAUUGAUUUUUACUCCCCUCCCUGUCCCCUGCUGUUUGCGAACCUUACUCCACAGCCAUUUUUAGAGUGGCCCCCACGUGGCUAAGAGCAAGCCGUACUUCACAUUUCUGCCAGCCUUCAGCUGGGUGGCAGCAGUGUCUCGCCACGGUGCCCGGCGGUGAGAGGUGUAGAGAAGGAAGGAGCUAGGACGUCUGGGGGCAGGUGCGCCCUUUCCUUCCCCGCGCUCACGGCCAAGCGUGCGGGUGUCCUGCCUGCAGCACAGCCGCUUGGGCGGCCCUGCCCCUCCCCUGGAGCUGGCACCUUGGUGUGGAGAGCCCACGCAUGUGGCACAUGGGGGGAGGAGGGCUGUGGGAGGACCCUGGUCCGAGGCCUGAGGACCCCCGCCCCCUGUAGGUAGUCCGUCUGCUCUGUGAUGUGUUGAAUAGACUCCUGUGGUCUUUUUUGUUCUCUCCUGCUAAUAAGUGAAUUUGCACCCACAGCCCUGUUAGUGAGUUUUUAAGACCUUGUUUGUGCUGGGAAAGUGAAAAUGUACUUGCUGGGAAGCCAAGACUGAUUUUUAUUUUGUGAACUAGAAAUCUUUCGAUGUGAGAAGCAGGCUGGGGGGAGGCUGGGAGGGGCUGGCCUGGCAACUUGCAGAUCCAAUGAGGACAUUUCAGUUCCCGAUCUUUGUAAGGAAAUUACAUUUCAACCUGAAUCUUGACAUUAAAGUAUAUGUUUACAAAAUGGCCAGUUAGCUAAGCUAUGUGUGUAAAACCAUUAAAUAGAAACAAGACGCGCAGACAUCUUC